AUGGCCAAUACUCUCGAUACUGACGCCGGCUCUGAGCUGUUCAGCAGCUAUGAAGCAGAGCUGAAACUUGUUCAGGCCGAUCUCAACCAAAAGCUCGACCAGAUCGCUGAAGCUUCCGGGGAGGCACGGAAGGCAGCCAUCAGACAGGCGGAGAGGGCUCUAGAAGAAGCAAACGAGCUUCUCGACCAAAUGCGCAUGGAGAAAGAAAACAUCCCAUCAUCCACUCGUCCGAAGAUAAACGCCCGCUUUAGAAACUAUCUCACAGACAUAGAUAAUACUAAGCGAAAGCUACGCUCGCUAUCAGAUGAUCGCAAGGCUUUAUUCGGAGAACGCUAUACCGAUGAUCCAAGCAGCACCCAUGACCAACACCUGGAGCAAAGACAGCAGCUGCUUUCCGGGACAGAGCGGCUAGAGAGAAGCUCCGCCCGUCUACAAGACAGUCAGAGGGUGGCACUAUCGACGGAGGAGAUUGGGCGAGAUACCCUUGCCGACCUAUACCGUCAGCGCGAGACGAUCGAACAUACUAGAGCUGGAUUACUGGAAAGUGAGGGCUACGUUGACCGAAGCGUCAAGACAUUGAGGGGGAUGGCUCGUAGGUAG